AUGGGUCUCGUUACUUCUUAUGAACCACUGGUGAUUUCUCUGGACUAUCCAUUAGCUAGAACGUAUAUGGUCCAUGCUGCGUUGCUGGCAAUCAAGCUAUUAGCUCUGAGUCCUAUGGCUGCUAUGACAUGGGUCAGAAAAGGAAUCUUCGCCAAUCCAGACAUCGUAAGGCGAGCAUACUUUACGGAGCUAAAAAACUUGGCACCUUACUGGAUAGUUGGAGCGUUGUAUAUUACAACAAAUCCACCGAUUAAUCUGGGGAUAAGUUUGUUCCGGUUGUACACAGUUUUAAGAAUGAUCGUGAUAUUAGGUUACGUGACUAGACCAGCGCCAGCAGUUCUUGCAGACUUCGCUCUCGUCACAUCUUAUAUGAUCAACUGUUAUAUGUCAAUAUGGGUCGUUUAUUAUUAUAGGAGAGCGUUAUAA